CGGCGGCUCCGCCUCGCCCCGUCCCGCCUGAGGGGUCCCUGCAGCUCCGGCCACAGCUCCGGCCGUACCCGCCAAGUGCCCGGGCCGAGCUGCGAUGGCCGCGGUUUCCUCGGGGGUCGCAUAGCGGCUGCCCCAGCCGGGCCCAGCGCCGCCCUCAGCCCCGCUCGGCCCGGCCAUGGCGCGGCCCGGGGCCGGUUAUGAGGCGGCGGUGCCGCCUCGCCCCGCCUGCACCUACACCAGCUGCUACUGCGAAGAAAAUGUUUGGAAGCUUUGUGACUACAUCAAGAGUCAGGAUCGGUUCCCUUUAGAAGAAUUUUAUGCGGUUUUCAUAUCCAAUGAUAGGAGGAUGAUUCCACUGUGGAAGCAGAAAUCUGGACAUGGAGAUGAGCCUGUUGUCUGGGACUACCAUGUUAUUCUACUUCACGUUUCCAGUGGGGAGCAGAACUUCAUUUAUGAUCUUGACACAGUGUUGCCAUUUCCAUGUCCUUUUGAUGUGUACAGUGUGGAGGCCUUUAGGUUGGAUGACAGCCUUCGUCCAGAGUUUCACAGAAAAAUCAGAAUGAUUCGAGCAGAUUUGUACUUGAAGACAUUUGCUUCAGACAGGUCUCACAUGAAGGAUGCAAAUGGGAAAUGGCAGAAACCUCCUCCUCCAUACCCUUGCAUUGAAACUGCAGAUUCCAAGAUGAACUUGGAUGAUUUCAUCAGUAUGAAUCCUGAAGUGGGAUGGGGCUCAGUGUUCUCCCUUUCAGACUUUGUGCAUCGAUUUGGCAGUCAGACUGAUUACAGCUAUUCCUUGGAAGGACACUAAAGUGAACAAAGUUCUUCUGGUUCUGAGUGGAUGUGUUUUGUUUUGCUGCUCUUACACUGUAUUUAUGGUUUAUGUUUCUGUACAUGGAAUGGGUGUUUGGAAAAAUAGAACACCCAGACAGAAAUAUAAUGAACUGAAUAAAAACCUAUAUUUUAA